UUUGUCGAAUAUGUAGAAUGACAACAAAAGUGUCGAACAAUUGUCAAACAUUUAUAUAUGUAUAUACAUCAGCUGUAAGCGGUAUCGAAUUAUAAUAAUAUAUAAAUAUAAAAUGGCUGAGAAUGAAUUCGUAUCCGAUAGUGACGAAUGUCUUGUUACAGAAGCUAUUAAUUUAGAUAUCGAAGAGUUAGAUAAUACGGAAUAUGCUAUACCAGUUGUGGAAAAAUUACCCACCUUAGAAAGUAUAUUGAUGGAACCUGAUUGUGAGUCGAUGUCAGAAACAGAUGAUGAUGUCGGUAUACCAUUGGGAGAGAAACUUGGUAGUAGUGAGACCACAAGCAUUGGCAGUCACUUAUCAUUGAAUUCAUUAAAUAAGUCUUCUAAAACCCCUCAGAAAACGUCCUCGGAUGUUAUUUUAAGGCACGUGAUACUCAAAGGAAUAACAUCACAAAUUGUAUCAGCCAAUGAAAGAGUCAAUGCUGGUUUAGCUAGUGCAGUCGCAGCUGGAGGAAAUAUGCUGGUAAUCGGUACUAGCCAUGGUCUAAUAUUAGGUUUUGACUCUUCACAAACAUUAAGAUGGUGCGAUCAGGAAGCGAGACAUCAAGGUUCCGUUUCUGCUCUGUGUUUCAAUCAUGAUGGCAGCAGGGUGUUGGCUGGUUUUGUCAGAGGACACAUUGUGAUGUUAGAUAGCAGUAAUGGGAAAGUUUUGAGAAUUCUUACUGAUGUUCACCCGCUUGACACUGCUGUACUACAUGUUAAGUUUACAGAUUCACCAAAAAUAGCUCUCUGUAGUGAUAGCGGUGGUUCAGUGUUUGAAUUGAAUUUCACUAGAGUAAUGGGCGUAAGAGGAUGUGAUAGUAGAUGUUUGUUUAGCGGCUCCAAGGGAGAAGUGUGCACUUUGGAACCCUUAUUGUUGAAUCAUCUGCCAUCACAUCCGCUGAAAAAUUAUACAUUAGUAGCAAUGGCAACAUUAUCAAAGGUAAUUGUAGUUUGCAUAAGACCGCGAAUGCGCGUUGUAUUGAGCCAUCCAUUAACUGGUGCUUCGACAGCACCACCUCAACUGUCCUGGCAGUUGGUUGUCAUACAGACAGCUGACGGAUCUCGUGUAAUUGAUCCAGUAUUGGCUCUUGCGAGAGACAAUGUGGUGCAUUUUUAUCAAGUAUACACCGAGGUUGGUUCGCGAGUAAAGUUGUCUCCUCUUCGAAGGAUGACGCUACCGUAUGCAAUAAGCAAUUUAAGGUGGCUAAAUCCGAGAUCUCUUGUAGUAUUGGAUGCUCAAGAGAAGUUGCAUUUGUUAGAUGUAAGAGCGCAGGAUAAUUUGGAAACGUUAGAUCUGAGUCGCAUUGGUAUUUCUUAUGCCUCUAGUCAUUUCAAAGGAUUGUCUACCGGCGGAAAUGUUUCUAAGGCAAUGGCGUUAGCCGGUGAACGAGCAUGCUACAACACCGUUGUAGUCUUUGGUUCGCAGCUGUUGUUAUUAGGUACAAAGAGUUUACACGUGAUUUGUAUAAGAACAUGGACGGAAAGACUGCAACACUUGAUCAUGCAGAAACGUUUCCCCGAAGCGUUAGCGUUGGGUCUUUCCUUUUAUCAAGAUAAAGGCAAAGCGGUUAUCGGCCUUCGAGGUUCUAAGCAGCGUCGCAAGCAAAUAGCGCGCGACAAAGUUUGCGAAGUGCUGAUUCAGUACAUGGACGAAUUGAAUCAGUGUUUGGUGGACGAAAAUCUAGACUACGAUACGAUAGUGCUCACAUGCGUCGAUUACUGCAUUCAACUAGAAAAUUUAGAUCUGCUGUUUGGGAAGUUGUGGGACAUAGUCUUCGAGUCGGAAGGGCUAAAAACGAGUUACUUGCACGCACUCGAAGCCCCUCUGCUGGACGGCAGACUUCAGCCAAGGUUGCCACCGUUGAUCGCUCAACAAUUGAUCACGCUUUACGAUCAAGAAGACAAAGUGGAUUCGCUGGAGGCAAUCAUAGUUCUGUUCAAUGUGGAUUGUUUAGACAUUCAUCAAGUAACGACAAUUUGUCGUCAGCGAGGACUCUGGGAAGCACUGAUUUAUCUUCAGACCACAGCGCUGAACGAUUUCACGGCACCCAUUCAUCAGUUGGUGCCGGUGCUACAAAAUUUAUUGCGCGAUCCAACGGCCGCCCUGUCCCGAGACUGCAUAAAACUCGGCAAUGCUAUUCUCGUGUACACCAGUUGUUGUCUCGCCGGCCGCGGAUUCCCCAAGGACGAGCUGCCCGAGGGUGUGCCGCAGAAAGCGAAAGCUGACAUACUGAGAGCCUUGCUUUCCCAGCAUUCCAGCUUGGCGAAUGACAUGGAGAGGCAAUAUCCAUACUUGAGAACGUUAUUGCAAUUCGACGCGAAGGGCUUUCUCGAUGUUAUAGCCAUCGCCUUUCAGGAGCCAGAAUUUACCACCGAAAUGGGUCUUCGGCACCGACAAAGGCUCAUAGACAUUUUGUUGAGCAUCGUUAUGCCGAAUACGCCGGUCACCCCGAAGAAUACCGAUUACAUCACGACGGAGCAGCAGUUUAUGGUUCUUGUAUUCGUGGCAAACGAGACGUCCGAAAGCACUGUUACGUUGGAGUCUAGUACGUUGAAUAGAAUGGUAGAUGUAUUGUGCACCGAUGCGCAUGUAGAAUUAUUGAAAGAUUUUAAGACUGAGAGAGAAAACGCCGUGCUGGGGUUGUUGCAUUCUAAAAAGCUGUGCAAUAUUGCUGAUAAUACUUUACUGAAUUUAGCGAAUAGAGCGGGUUUUAUAAGAGUCGCGGAGCUACUUUACUGCGCGCGAGAGGACUGGGUAGCAGUAUGCAAAUGUAUGAUCUUAGAGCCGUCCAGACAUCACGACGUCUGGCCCUGGCUCGAGCAUCUGCCGGCCGCUUCGUUGGACCAAGUUGUAUCGAUUCACGUCUCGACUCUCGUGACGAUCAACGCCAGUCAGUUCGCCACGAUCAUCGCGACGCGACUGCAGAAUAAAAUCGAUGUGAUACUGCAAAGUCUUAACGAUAAUUUAAGCUUGGAAUACAAACUGCUAGGAGCUUUGUAUCAAGUCGCGCAGUACAAAGAGGAGGACGUUUCUCUGGAAUUAACGACUGAACACUUAGAAAAAUAUUUGGCGUUAAUGUGCAAUUUGGAGCCGGGACGUGUGGUCGCUCAUUUGCACGGACCGCACGGGUGCAGACUGGACGAGGCGUUGGAGAUCGUCCAAAGGUGGAAAUGCAAGGACGCGGAGGCGGUGAUGUUGGAGAAGCUGGGCAGUUACCAGGACGCGUUCAACCUUCUGCUGAAGGAGUUUGAAGAUCGUCUGGAAAUGUAUCGACAGGACAAAGCCUCCGAGAACGAGACGGUGCACGCCGCCGUGCAGCUCGCGGGAAUUUGCCGCAGAUCGGCGGGAAAUCUCGACUGGAUGCCCCUCGUGGAUGCCAUAUUCCGAUCGCAUUCGGAAAACAACAAGGAAAAGACGAAUAAGUUGAGCGGCAAAUUGUUGAGACUAAUUUUAGAAUCUCUGAGCGGUACCUCGAUUCUGUCGAACAUACUGGAGCAGAUCUUGAGGAAUCCAUUAGCGAUGAGCGGAACGAUGGGCGAUAUACGACAAUUGUUAUCCGGGGUUCUCACACAAUCGCGAUACGAGCAAACCCUAGUCGAGACCACCGCGCGAUUAGUGAGUUUAGAGCUUCACAAGGCUCUGAAAAAAUCCUUGAGGGAUGCUGGCAGAGCAUGCGGCAACGUUUCCACAACUUGUCCCGUGUGCCGGCAACUAUUGUCGCAUUGUUCCGAUUACGUGGUGGUGUUCGCCUGCGGUCAUGGAUAUCACUCGACGUGUCUGGGCGAACCUAAGUCGUGUUACAGAUGCUUGAACACUAAAGGAUGGGCGCCAGUGGCUACUAAUGCUCACGCAGCACCCCAGCCACCGCCUAGAAAGAGACAGCUUCUUCCACCAGAAUUCCUACGUCACAAAGACCUCACAUUAAGACUGGCACCGCCCUGUUCCAUUCCUGAUCUUGAGGGUAUCUUUUAAUCUAGUCUUCGGCUAUUCGAGAAGGACAAUUGUGUUUGUGUGAGCGGUACGUAGUACCUUUAAGAUACCGAGAUGAAUGUGUACGCUAUACAUGCGUUACAUCGGAUCCUGGCACUAUAAUCAUUCUGUCUGCGA